AUGUGCGAAAUGCGUAUACCGAGUAAACUGAUUUCCCACAUCGAACUCGCGUUACGAAGAUUAAAUUCCAAACUCGUUGUGAAAACAAAUGAAACCUUUUCUGUUCGUACUAUUAUUAUUUGUCUCGUUUGGCGAUAUCAUUGCUCGAGGUAUGUAGAAUAUGAUAUACAAAUACUCAACAAGGAUUCCUACGUUGAUAUGUGUCCACCGACACUAUUACCAGAAACACCAACUUUAAUUGUCAUUGAUGUCGAUGAGAACGAUUCGGUUGAAUUACAUUGUCCAGUGACACCUUCAUCUGAUUUGUCUGUUCAAUGGUCGAAAAAUAACGAAGAAUUAGAUCCGAUGUGGUCAACAUCAAAUCUCUUGAUUCGACGAUUUUUAUUAAAAAUUCAUCGAGCACAAUUAACCGACGCUGGUUUAUACAAAUGUAACGUUGUUAAUGGAUUCGGUAAUGUUCAUGCACAGUUUCGUGUCGAUGUCAAAUCGAACGGAACAGUGACCCAUGGUGAUCCGCAACAAAACGUCAUUCCAUGGGACAUAGAUACAAUGAAUGGAGAAGCGCCCGAAUUUCUUUCUCCAAAGGAGAGAAGCUCGAGCGAGCCAACAAAAGUUAUUCAACCGGAAAGUACUACGGUUCAAUUGAAAUGCUUAGCAUCCGGUAAACCAACUCCAGAAAUCCGAUGGAGAAAAAAUGGAAAAAUACUCUCCGAAGAUGAAUAUGGUAUCACACAAAGUCAGAUAUUGAAUAUCAAAGAUUUACGUCAAUCGGAUACAGGCAACUAUACAUGCGAAGUUUCUAAUUCUUUUGGUAGUAUCAAUGCGACGUAUGUUCUUGUAGUAACAGAGAAAUUGCAGUUUUUUGGUAAUGAUCCUGGAAAUACGAGCGUAGAAGUCGGACAAGUAGGAAUUCUUCAUUGCCGAGUUCAAACCAAUGAUCCGACGGCGAAAAUCCAAUGGUUAAAGAAGAUCAACGGCCAACAUGUAUUUCGUCCCGAUGCGAUUAUUUUUGGGUCGGAGCAAUACGAAAUGAUUCAACAAUCUCCAGAACAUCAAUAUUCCAAUAACAUUCUUUCUAAACCAUUGAUUUUUCCACAAAUGAGUACGAAGCAAGCUGGUGAAUACAUUUGCUUAAUUCAAAAUGAUAAAGCAACGAAUUACAAGAAAGUUUUUCUCGACGUAUUCUAUACUCACCGAGGUCUUAUAACGUCAACAAACACGAACAAUGUCCUGUUCUACGUGAUCAUUAUUCCUCUGUUUGUUCUUGCCACAAUUCUUUUCGUAAUUUUUUGCCUUCGUCAUACGCGCCAUCGAAAGCAUCUUCCAGCACAUUCGACUGACAGUUUCAAAUCUUCGAUUAAACCGCGACAACCAUUGAUUCAACCCAAUAGUGUCGUCAUUUCAUCUCGUACGAACACUGAUUAUUUAGUUGACAGCAUUGAUUCCAUACCGAUUGCAAGACCUUACCCACAACAGCAACGAUAUGGGCCAAGUACAGCAUCGGAUUUAGCAUCUCUCACAAGCUCGAAUCUGUACUAUGCACGCGUACAAGCACUGUAA